AGGUGCCGCGGAGGAGGUAGCGGGGGUGGGCGGUGCUGGCGAACCAACCGGGGCCCGGCGCGGCGCCGUGAGUCACUAGCGGGCGCGCAGGGCGGCCGGGCGGCUGCUAUAAGAGCGCCGCGGGGACGGCCUCCCCCCGUGUAUGUCUCCGGCUGCCGCCUCUGCUCCUCGGCUCCCCGCCCGCAGCGCCUGCCUGCCCGCGCACCCUGUCCCCGGCGCGGCGAUGCGGCUGGACCGGCAGCCCGGAGACCCGAGCGCCUCGGCCGACAGGCGGGGCGCGGAGCGGCGCGGGGUCCCGCGCUGCUGGGCGCUGCUGCUGCUGCUCGCCCUUGGCUGCCUGCGCGCCGUCGCCGACGGUGCAAGAGCAAAAUGUGAAGAAUCCCAGUUUGCAUGUGGUAAUGGACGCUGUAUUCCUCAAAUCUGGAAAUGUGAUGGUGAUGAAGACUGUUCAGAUGGCAGUGAUGAGAGUGCUUGUGUGAAGAAGACAUGUGCCGAAUCUGACUUUGUGUGCCUCAGUGGUCAAUGUGUGCCUAACAGAUGGCAGUGUGAUGGGGAUCCGGACUGUGAGGAUGGGUCUGAUGAGAGUUCCGAACUGUGCCACACAAGAACGUGCCGGGUAAAUGAAAUCAGCUGUGGUCCUCAGUCAACGCAGUGUAUCCCAGUGUCCUGGAAAUGUGAUGGUGAAAAAGACUGUGACAGUGAAGAAGAUGAACAGAAUUGUGGCAAUGUGACUUGUAGUCCAGCAGACUUCACAUGCAGCAGUGGGCAAUGUAUUUCCAAGAGCUUUGUCUGCAAUGGUCAAGAUGACUGCAGUGAUGGUAGUGAUGAGCUGGAGUGUGCACCUCCUACCUGUGGAGUUCAUGAGUUCCAGUGCAAGAGCUCGACUUGCAUUCCCCUCAGCUGGGUGUGUGAUGAUGAUGCUGACUGCUCUGACCACUCAGAUGAGUCUCUAGAGCAAUGUGGCCGCCAGCCUGCACCUUCUGUGAAGUGCUCUGCCAGUGAGGUGCAGUGUGGCUCAGGUGAAUGUAUCCACAAAAAGUGGCGCUGUGAUGGAGACCCUGACUGCAAGGAUGGAAGUGAUGAAAUCAACUGCCCUUCUCGGACUUGUAGACCGGACCAGUUCAGAUGUGAAGAUGGAAACUGCAUCCAUGGGAGUAGGCAGUGCAAUGGUGUGAGAGAUUGUCUGGAUGGCACAGAUGAAGCAAAUUGUAACAAUGUUAUUCAGUGCUCUGGACCUGGCAAAUUCAAGUGCAGAAGUGGAGAAUGUAUAGAUAUCAAUAAAGUGUGUAACCAGCAGAGAGACUGCAAGGACUGGAGUGAUGAGCCCCUCAAGGAGUGUAACAUCAAUGAAUGUCUGGUGAACAAUGGCGGAUGCUCUCAUAUCUGCAGAGAUCUCAUUAUUGGCUAUGAAUGUGACUGUCCAGCUGGGUUUGAGCUUCUGGACAGGAGGACCUGUGGAGAUAUUGAUGAAUGUCAGAACCCUGGUAUAUGUAGUCAGAUCUGUAUCAACCUGAAAGGGGGCUACAAAUGUGAAUGCAGCCGUGGCUAUCAGAUGGAUCUUGCUACUGGGGUGUGCAAGGCAGUUGGGAAAGAACCAAGUCUAAUUUUCACCAACCGCCGGGACAUAAGGAAGAUUGGCCUUGAGAGAAAGGAAUACAUUCAGCUUGUAGAGCAGCUAAGAAACUCUAUAGCCCUAGAUGCUGAUAUUGCUGAGCAAAAGCUUUACUGGGCAGACUUCAGCCAAAAAGCAAUCUUCAGUGCCUCUAUUGAUACCCGUGAUAAAGUUGGAACACACAUCAGAAUCCUGGACAACAUACACAGUCCUGCAGGAAUUGCUGUUGACUGGGUUUAUAAGAACAUCUACUGGACAGACUCAACUGCAAAGACCAUUUCAGUGGCUAGCCUAGAUGGCACAAAAAGAAAGGUUUUGUUUCUCUCUGAGCUGAGAGAGCCAGCUUCUAUUGCUGUAGAUCCUAUCUCUGGCUUUAUGUACUGGUCAGACUGGGGUGAGCCAGCAAAAAUUGAAAAAGCAGGAAUGAAUGGAUUUGACAGACAGCAGCUUGUGACAACAGAAAUCCAAUGGCCUAAUGGAAUUGCUCUAGAUCUUGUAAAAAGCCGCCUGUACUGGCUUGAUUCCAAACUACACAUGCUGUCAAGUGUGGACUUGAAUGGCCAGGAUCGUAGAAUUGUGCUGAAGUCGCACAUGUUCCUUCCUCAUCCUCUUGCUCUAACCAUAUUUGAGGACCGUGUGUACUGGAUUGAUGGAGAGAAUGAGGCAGUCUAUGGUGCCAACAAAUUUACUGGAACUGAUUUGGUUACCCUUGUGAACAACCUCAAUGAUGCACAGGACAUCAUUGUGUAUCAUGAACUUGUUCAGCCUUCAGGUAGGAACUGGUGUGAAGAGCACAUGACAAAUGGAGGCUGUAGCUACCUGUGCCUGCCUGCUCCUCAGAUAAAUGAACAUUCUCCAAAGUACACCUGUGCAUGUCCUGCUGGGUACUUCUUGCAGGAGGAUGGCCUGAGAUGUACAGUUUCAGGUACUGGAACAACUGUGGCUUACACUGAGGCUAAAGAUACCAGCACAACAGAAAAAUCUCCAACUGUUGGACUAGUUCCUGGAGGAUUCAACACUAGUGGUGCAGCUUCUGAAGUAACUGCAGCUGGAAGAACAUCAGCAGCUUGGAUCAUUCUUCCUGCUGUGUUGCUGAUGAUGGCUGCAGCAGCUGGCUACUUUAUGUGGCGUAACUGGCAGCACAAGAACAUGAAAAGCAUGAAUUUUGAUAAUCCAGUUUACCUAAAAACCACAGAAGAGGACCUCACAAUUGAUAUUGGAAGACACAGUGGUUCAGUAGGACACACCUACCCUGCAAUAUCUGUUGUCAGCACAGAUGAUGAUAUGGCAUGAGCACUGGAUCAGCAAUCACUUUCAGUUUACUUGUGUCUUACACUCUUUGGGGAUAGUAACCAGGUUUGUGGCUGAAGGACUUCCUCCAUUCUUGGAAGAAAGAAGAUACUUUCUGUAUUUAUGGCACAUUUGUGUAAAUAGUUAUUUUCUACAGCUUAACAACUCUGUAAAUACCUGUCCACAACAAUUCAGCUGUUAGUGGUUACAGUUUUAUCAGUAACCCUUGGGUUGGUUAGUCAGUAACAUCACUGACCAAAUAUAAAGCACUUUCCAUAGAAAGCCAUAUUCCAGCCACAACUUGUAACACCUGUAUAUAUGUCUAUAGGCCACUUGUAAAUAAUUAUUGGAAAAUCACUAUCAAGCACUUUGAAGUACUUCAGAUGUAAAUUAUUGUACACUCUCUUUUUCAAUGAUUGGGGCAAUGGCAAUAGGAAAAAACGGGUUAUUAUGAUUGCCAAAAAUUUGUAAACAUAAGUAAUUUUAUAUGUAUAAUUGCUUCUAUCUUGUCUGUUACCUCUUAGAGGUCUACAAGAAUGAAUGGUCUUUAAGAAACCACUGUAAAACUCAAAUGCAGCCAAGGGGAUAAAAAUAAAAUGAGUCAAGCAGUUAAA